UAGCUCAGAAAACAUUGGCUGAGGGCACGAUAGGAUCCUGGCAGCCUCCUUCUCUCUGCUCCUCAACCACAAAGACAUCUUCAGAAAUGGAUGGAGCCUGGGUCUACCUGGUGACAGGAGGAUGUGGCUUUGUGGGGGAGAGGAUUGUAGAGCUCCUGUCUCAACAAGACUACAUCAAAGAAGUCAGAGUUUUUGAUUCAGUAGCAAGAGAAGAAGUAGAAAAAUUCAGUACAGGUACCACUCGUGUGACAGUGACCAGAGGAGACAUCAGGGACCCUGAUGUGCUGCUGGCUGCCAUGCAGGGCGUGCACGUGGUGCUUCACUCGGCUGCUCUGGUGGACUACAGGGGCACGGUGCCCUUCUGGGAGCUCAGAGCUGUCAAUGUUGGGGGUACUGAAAAUGUGUUAAGGGCCUGCUGUGUCCUGAGCAUCCCAUUCCUGCUCUACACCAGCUCCAUCGCUGCCGUGGGACCCAACACCUCCUGUGAGCCCCUGCUCAGAGGGGAUGAGGACACUGAGUACAGCGGGGAAGUGGAGCUGCCCUACGGCAAGACAAAAGCCAUGGCAGAAAGAAUUGUGCUUGAAGCCAACGGAAAAAAGCUGAGCAAUGGUGGCACACUCAGGACCUGUGUCAUCCGUGCCAACACCGUGUAUGGGGAGAAGGCAGCGUUCCUCCAGGAGCUCUAUCUGCUUGCCAGAGCCAGGAAUGGUGUUCUGAACUACCUGGAGCCUGAAAACACCGAGAGGAAUCACACCUACGUGGGGAAUGUGGCAUGGAUGCACGUCCUUGCAGCAAGGAACCUGCAGCUGAAGCCAGAGCAGCUGGCAGGACAGGUGUAUUACUGCUAUGAUGACACUCCCAGCAGGAAGGGUUUCCUGGUCAGGCUCCAGCUGCUGUCCAGUGCAGACCCCUCGGUGAGGCUGGGCUCACACAUCCCCUACUGGAAGAUGUGGUUGGUGAUACAGCUGCACAGGGUCAUCAGGGCCAUCCUGUCCCCUUUCUGGAGGCCACAGCCCUUCCUCAACGUGCCCCUGCUCAACACCAUAGUCACCAGCUUCUCCUUUGAGACAGACAAGGCUUCCAGGCAUUUUGGGUACAAACCCCUGUUCACGUGGCAGGAGAGCAGGCUCAGGACUGCACAGUGGCUGAGAGCAGCUGCAGGGAGCCUGGCAGCCCCCCAGCUGCAUGGAAAAAAGAACUAAACGGCAUUUUUGGGGUAAGGAGGGAGGUGACCACAGCAGCAGGGUUCACCUGAGCUUCACAACCUGCACGGGGCUGUGGCAGGAGCUUUGCAAACACAGAAAUCCUGGGAUAGAGAGAAGGAGAAAAAACUCACAGGCUGCAAGCCAUGCCCUUGGCAUGCCAAAAUCUCAGCUAUUUUGGGCUAUUUUGGGCAUUUGAAACCUUCCCUGCACACACCCAGGGUUUGCUGGCCUCCCUCACUCCCACGGUGUCACCACUGCAAGGUGACUUGUGGGAGCAAGAGAGAAGGAGCUCAGGUGGGAGAUGGUGGCCAGCAAACCCCUUUGGGGUAAAAUCAGUGAGCCAGUUUUGUUCCACAGCCUGGGGAGCCAUGGUCUCAGGCAUUUGGUGGGGCAGCUGUACCUGGCUCAGACACUGAAGGGUUCUUCAAGUGAUAGUUUUGGGGAGACAAGUAAAACCCAGCAGGUUCUUGCUCUGAUUUAGGGUUUAAUAAAAAGAAAAAAAAAAAUUCCUUUUUCCAAAA